UAUUUAUUUUUGUUAUUUAUUUCGGCAGGUUCCGUCCUCCAUACUCUGCUGGCCUGGACCUAAACAUAUUAAUAAAAUAAAAAGCGGAUAACCGCCUGUGGAGGGCAGCAUUACGCCUUGCAGCGUAAAAUCUGCCGGAAAUCUGAUGGUAGAAGAAGAGCUUGUUCAGCUACCGUACUGCCUUUACUAACCAGCCUGUUUACAUGUAAAACUACAUAUUGUGCCGCUACAGACGCAAACUAACAGUAUUUUUUUUACAUUUCACACUUUAUCAGUGUGUUUUCGUCGGUUCGGCGCUGUAACGAUGCCGUGGAGGUGCUGUGUUCCCGGCUGUAAAGGCUACGACGAGGCCAAGUCUAUGGGGGUUGUGUUUCACGGUUUACCGACGAGAGACCCGCAGCGCUGCAGAACAUGGCUGAACGCGAUACGAAACCCCCGCUUUGACGAGCACACACCGGUCAACAAGUACAGCGGGGUGCGGGUCUGCAGCCUGCACUUCCAGCCCGAGGACUACGAGGAGGACUUCCGGGCGAAGAUACUGAACAUCGCGCCCAAGCCGGUGUUGAAGAGCGGCGCAGUGCCGUCAGUGUUCCCCGGGAGACAGCACGCUGAGCCGGGCAGCGCUGCUGACACAUCUCCGCCGGCUCCCAAGAGGAGCAGAACACAGGCGACAUGUGCGGCUGCAGGCAGCUCCUCUCAGUCUCCUCCAGCAGCAGCAGCAGCAGCAGCAGCAGAUGACAGUUACUGCAUCGUGGUGUCAGUCGACCCGCUGGACGACAGCCUCCACUCAGAACCAGAGUUCAACUCAAUAACAACAUCUGACGAGUCUGAUGAGGACGCCGCCGACCAGGACUGCGCUAUAGUUCACCGCCGCAGCCUGAUGGAGCUGUUCAGGGUGUGUCAGACGUGCGGGCAGCCCAUCGAGGAGAAGGAGGUUUUCCACUCGGGAGCACAGAUGAGUGUGAAGUGGAGCUGUCAUGGUGGACACUCAGGUGUGUGGAAGUCCUCUCCUCACCUGAGAGACACACUUCCUUAAACUCCACCUGCUCACUGCUGCUUUUCACUGGACCAACACUUAUUUAGAUAUUCAGAGUAUUUAAACACGGAGCUGGAGAGCGAUACAGUGAUGUUGAACCUGCUCUGAUGGCCUCUACCGCUACACCUUCCUGUUGGACUCCACACAUGAAACUAGUGCAGAACAAGACUGUUCUAACUCCUUCAUAAGAGGACUACCUGAGCUUUUGGACCAUGAACUUCAAGCUGACGUGGUUACCCAACAUACAUCAUGAAGAACAUCUGGCACACUGCAAAAGGCGAGCCGGUUCUUAAGGUGGAGAAGACUGAAGCUUAACCAACAGGAGCUGGUGUGUUUGGUGCUGAAGCUGCUCCACUGAGACAUGGACACUAAAUAACUGGUAGCCUCCCUAGAGACCACUUCUGACUGUUCAUGAUGGACCAAACCGUUAUCACAGAGAUACGGUCAUACUG